UGAGAGCCUGAAACUGCACAUGCGAACGCACACGGGAGAGAAACCUUACGCGUGCGACAUAUGCGGGUACACCUACACCUGCUCCAGCAACCUCAAGAAGCACUUUCUCACGCACACGGGCGAGAAACCUUACGCGUGCGACGCGUGCGAGUACAGGACUAGCUACCACGACAGCCUGAAAAAGCACAUGCGAACGCACACGGGAGAGAAACCGUACGCGUGCGACAUAUGCGGCUCCGCCUACACCACCUCCGGGCACCUCAAGACGCACUUUAUCACGCACACGGGAGAGAAACCGUACGCGUGCGAUGUAUGCGAGUACAUGUGUUCGCGGCCGGCGAGUCUCCAGAGCCACGCGCGCACGCACACGGAAGAGAAAACUUACGCAUGCGACAUAUGCGGCUCCACCUACACCGCCUCCAGCAGCCUCAAGAUGCACUUUCUCACGCACACGGGAGAGAAACCUUACGCGUGCGACACGUGCGAGUACAGGACUUGCUCCCGCGACAGCCUGAAAAAGCACAUGCGAACGCACACGGGAGAGAAACCUUACGUGUGCAACAUAUGCGGCUCUGGCUACACCUGCUCUGGGCACCUCAAGAUUCACUUUCGCACGCACACGGGAGAAAAACCUUACGUGUGCGACAUAUGCGGCUCCGCCUACACCUGUUCCAGCAGCCUCAAGAAGCACUUGCUCACGCACAUGGGGCAGAAACCUUACGCGCAGGGUUCGAAUUUUGGCUGAAAAUCUAGUGGACAGCAGGACCACCAACCUCAGAAAGUUGAUGGUCCUGCACAAAAUUUGGUGGUCCGCUUAUUUACUAGCAGAAGUCGAACGACAGACGGGAGAACCUGCGCGGGGGAAGAAACUGCUUAGCUUCCCACCUGUGUGAUGGAG